AAACGGUUAUUAUCUAUAGUGACACAUAUGCAACACUAAAAAUGGAUAUACAUCUUUAGUAAUAAAAUAGAAUAUUAUUCAGAUAUAGUUACCCAAAUAUGGUGGUUUGUUCAUGCUAAAAUAAAUUUCAUUAAUGAAUAAAAAUGGUUUAGGUUCAUGCUAUCAAUGCAGGCAGAUAUUCUCACCCAAACCCCACAACAAAUCUCUACCAGCACAGCACCUUAAACAUCACACACCUUCAUGAAAAGUUUGUUUCUCAACUGAAACUUCAUUUUUUUCUUUUAAGUACUUGCCCACUUCAUAUAUCUGCUUAAUACAAUAUAACUCAUCUUCUUGAUCUUGAUUGAUAUGCCCAGAAAGAAGCAUUGAACUAAAACUGUAUAUAAAUAAGAACAAGCCAAUCUUUCUUUGUUUCAAGGCAAAGAAACAAAACACAGUUUACAAAUAAACCAAUAUUUCACUGCAAAUAAUGGGCAGCGAAGAUAAUGGGCAAGUGAUUCUCUCGAAGAAGGCCAACCCAGGGAAAGCCACCAUUUUGGCACUAGGCAAAGCCUUCCCUCACCAACUUGUCAUGCAAGAAUAUUUGGUCGAUGGGUAUUUCAGAGAUACCAACUGUGAUGAUCUUGACCUCAAGAGAAAACUCACUCGACUUUGCAAAACGACAACAGUGAAAACCAGGUACGUAGUCAUGUCAGAGGAGAUCCUACGAAAGUACCCAGAGCUAGCCCUCGAAGGCAAACCCACCGUCAAACAAAGGCUCGACAUUUGCAACGACGCCGUAACAGAGAUGGCCAUCGAAGCUUCCCAGUCUUGCAUCAACCACUGGGGACGACCCGUUUCCCACAUAACCCACUUGGUCUACGUCUCAUCCAGCGAAGUCAGACUACCCGGCGGCGACCUCUACUUAGCCGCCGGACUUGGACUCAACCGUCAGACUCAGCGAGUCAUGCUCAACUUCUCCGGCUGCUCCGGAGGCGUGGCGGGUCUCCGGGUAGCAAAAGACAUAGCCGAGAACAACCCAGGUAGCCGAGUUCUGCUCGCCACUUCCGAAACCACCAUUAUUGGGUACAAACCUCCGAGCCCAGAUAGGCCGUACGAUUUGGUCGGUGUUGCACUGUUCGGAGAUGGUGCCGGAGCCAUGAUUAUUGGGUCGGACCCGGAUUUGGGUAUAGAGAAGCCUCUGUUCGAGCUUCAUGCAGCUGCACAGGAGUUCUUACCCGGAACAGACAAAUCCAUUGAUGGGAGACUCACUGAAGAGGGCAUCAGCUUCAAGCUCGAUAGGGAGCUUCCGCAAGUGAUUGAAGAUAACGUUGAAGGGUUUUGUGAGAAGCUAAUGGAAGUGGUUGGAUUUGAUAAGGAGUACUAUAAUAAGAUGUUUUGGGCUGUUCAUCCUGGAGGACCGGCUAUAUUGAAUAGGAUAGAGAAACGGCUUGAUUUGGUGCCGGAGAAGUUGGUUGCUAGUAGAAGAGCUUUGAUGGAUUAUGGGAAUGCUAGUAGUAAUACCAUUGUGUAUGUUUUGGAGUAUAUGAUUGAAGAGAGUUCAAAGAUGAUGAUGAUGAAACAGGUUGGCCAUGGCCAAGAAGAGCAGAGCGAAUGGGGGUUGAUUCUGGCUUUUGGACCUGGGAUUACUUUUGAGGGUAUUCUAGCUAGGAAUCUUACUUCUCUCCAAGCAUAAUAAUAUGUUUAAAUUAUUAUUAUUAUAACACAAUGAUUCUAUACGAACAAUUUCCAUGGAAAAAAAAAAAGAAGAACAAAAGUGUAUUGGACAUUUUGUUUCUUUUGUUUGAGUCAGUUUGAAAUAAAUUUCUUCUCUUUUCUUUCUUUUACAA